UGACAUAGAGAAGAGGGGGGGAGAGAGGUGGGAGAGAAUCGCGCGGAUAAAAUAAAGGCGACCAUAAAAACGGAGGGAGGAAUCCGACCCUGUUUCUGGAUCCGUUCUGGGAGCGGCGCCUAUCUGGGAUAUAGGUCCACUGUACCGCUGAUAUAACAUAAAAAUGCUCAUAAAGGAAUAUCGAGUGAUUCUUCCCAUCUCUGUGGAAGAGUACCAGGUCGGCCAGCUGUACUCUGUGGCCGAAGCCAGCAAGAAUGAGACGGGCGGAGGCGAAGGGGUGGAGGUGCUAAAAAAUGAACCCUAUGAGAAGGAUGGAGAGAAGGGCCAGUACACACACAAAAUCUACCAUUUGCAGAGUAAAGUGCCGUCGUUCGUCAGAAUGCUGGCCCCAUCUUCAGCUCUGAACAUCCAUGAGAAAGCCUGGAACGCAUACCCUUACUGUCGUACAGUCAUCACUAAUGAGUAUAUGAAAGAUAACUUCCUGAUCAAGAUCGAGACAUGGCACAAACCUGACAUGGGACACCAGGAAAAUGUUCACGGUUUGGAUGCAGAAACCUGGAAAAAGGUGGAUGUGGUCUACAUUGAUAUUGCAGACAGAAGCCAGGUGGAGCCAAAGGACUACAAGCCAGAGGAGGAUCCUUGCAAGUUCAAGUCAACGAAGACAGCACGAGGACCUCUAGGACCAGACUGGAAGAAGGAGCUGCCCAACAAGAAAGACUGCCCACACAUGUGUGCCUACAAACUGGUCACCGUCAAAUUCAAGUGGUGGGGUCUGCAGAAUAAAGUGGAGAACUUUAUCCAGAAGCAAGAGAAGCGCUUGUUCACAAAUUUCCACCGCCAGCUGUUCUGCUGGAUUGACAAGUGGAUUGAACUGAACAUGGACGACAUUCGUCGCAUGGAGGAGGAGACUCGUAGGGAGCUAGAUGAAAUGAGAGUGAAGGAUCCCGUGAAAGGAAUGGUGGCCCUAGAGGACUGAGACGGUGCUGGACGUAAAUGCUGCCGCUCAUCAGAAUCGACCUGAAACCAGCGGGUUCCCUCCUCCUUUUGUCUCAACCGAUACGACGUCUGACUGGAUGGUCCGAAUCUUACUCCCCCCCCUCGCAGUACAUUUUGGUCUUCAGGGACCUGGAACCAGUACACUCCCAGUUUUCAGCCGAUCUCCUCCACAUCAUCUGUCCUUCCUUGAGUCCCACUGGUCUUGUUUCUUUGUGUUGUCAUUUAUCUGCCGCACCCAUCUAGUUAAGCAUCUUAACGCCUCCUGUAGCGCCGUUACUGAUAUUGUCAAUUGCGUCUCUUUUUCUCUCAGAUUUGUUCUAAACUACAGAGAAUAGUCAGAACUCUCGUCCAUCUCUGUAAUUUAGGACAUAUUCUACUGUUCUGCAGUACACUCUAUACCCCAGAGUGUACGGCGGUCUGCUGUGUACCUCUAACCAGCCAGAAAGGGGUUUUCCCCCCCUGCUGUACCUGCCUUUUUACAUCAAGGCAUUUGUUCGUUUUUCUGCUGCUUUGUGAGUUUGUGUGUGUGUGUGUACACGCUUCUGUUGUGUGCCGGUGUGCGUUUCUACAAAGCAUUGGUAGGUCAUUCAAAGGUUUUUUUCUUCCAACAGAGCAUUUCUAGCUCUGGAUGAACGUGCAGUAAUUUGAAGAUUAAGUGUGAAUAUUUAGGUAGACAUAGUCUAAAAAGAUGCACGUAAAAUGAUAACCGCAGUGCAACUGAUUGAUUCCAGUAAAUCAAAACAGCCAUAUAUGAGUUGAGGAGUGUCUUUUUUUUUAUCUCCUUAUUUCUGACAGUAACUUUUACUUCUUGCAGUGUCAUUUCCAGUGGAUAAAUGGUCUUAUCCAGCAGAAGCAAUAACUAUCAUGACACGUUGGUCUCCCUUUUUUCGUUGUCACAGAUCUGUUUAGGUCCUUAAUUUGUUUCUGCUGUGAGGUCAGGUUUAGUAAAGCAGGAGCUCAUUGUCUCCUGAAUGUCAGGAGGGAGACAGAAAUAAGCUAAAUGCUGGUUUUAAUGUCCCACUCCUUCAAUAGUGUUUUCUUCUUGUUGGUCCUUUCAACGCUCUUACUUUUUUUUUCUUAUUUAAGUAUGGUUAGGAGGGAAUGAUCGAUGAUUAGUGGUGUGACAGUUUAUGUGAAGCAGUGAGGAACGGCUCGCUCGACAGCAUCGUUCUCCCUGUUUUUAUCGUCUCCUUUGUGGCCGUUGUCUUAAUCCACAGGUUUUUUUUUAUUUCAAUUUUUAUUUCAUAUUUUUUUUUCCUUUUUAUUCCAUGUAUUUUAACAGGAGAACAUGCAAGAGAUGAUAUAGUGGAGCCAAUAGAUUAUACUGGUCCUUAGAUUGAUUGUAUUUUGAUGGCUACAAAGAACUGCCACAAGACAGGGGUUGUUACAGUAGGUUUUGUAUCUAAUUAUAUUAAAUAGCGCUACAGAACAAUUUUAAUCUCUUUUCAACUGAGUGGCAUACAAAAUUCUAUUUAUUUUUGGAACUUUAGGUCCAAUGAUUUCAAAAGCUUAAUUCUGGACAUUCAUGCUGAGUCUAUAAAAAUAUUUAUUUGCAAAAAUAAAAGAAAAAAAAGUUCAGUUGAAGGGCUUCUUGUUGGCAUUUGUUUGAUGCAAACCACAUAAAGUAUUUUAAUUUGACAUUUUACAAGGUUUUACUGAUCUCUCUGUUGCAGAAAUUGUUUUUUUUUUUUGAAUGACUCAUCAUGACUUCCUCUUUGACUUAAUUUUGUCCUAAAAUGGAAAUGUUUUCAGCAAGAUUCCAAUCUUGCAACAAUAUACAUCCUAGGUCAGUUUAUUCAGACCAGACACAUACAGCCUUUUAAUUUUAUCUUGUCUCACAGAAAGCCCUGAAACUGAAAUAAUAAUUUGGACAGUUAAAUUAAUAAUAUUAUAUUAAAUCAACAAGUAGAACAAUUAUUAUUAUUAUCUAGACUGUAUUGAAUCCUAUUUUUCAUUGUUAGAAGUCUUCUUUUCUCACAGCGCUGUAUGAUGUUUAAAUCAUUAAGCCUACUGUCAGGGGCCGAAAGCGCCAGAAUCCAAUAAGCAAAUAAUUUAAAGAAUAAAUAUCUAAAUCUCUGAGAUUUUAAAUAAAAGGUUGAUAAAUACAUUAAGAUAAAAAAAUAUAUAAAUUAAUUCAUCGUUCAUUUGUAAAUGAAUUUAGUGAACACAUUUAUUCAAUAACUAAAUGGUAAAAAUCGGUAGUUAAAAGGGAAAUUCAUUAUGUAGUCACUAGCCCCACCACUAAAGCACAAACCUCGUCCACGGCCGUGUUAGCCCCGCCCACUUGCUUUGAUGGGUCAGGCCGGGAAAAAUAAACUAAAUUCAUCAUGACCUGCAACACAGGAUUGAAAUACCGAAGCAUCCUUUUAAAGUAACGGAUGCACAUGUUAACUAAUUGUUUUCACAUUCAUUAUAUAUGAAAUUAUUCUUUAUAAUGUUUAUUUAUAGAUACACUUAUAUUGGUGUUUAAUGAAAGGAUUUUAUUUACACAAAAUCCCAUGUACACAAUGUUUGAUUUACCCCCUUUCUUUAUGCAUUGAAUCGUGGCUCUUUUGGUGCUCGUUAGCCCCCAACUGCAUCCCAAUGUCUUUUACCUCCCCUUCGAAGUGACCAUGGAUGUCCGGCCCCCUCCACGUCUGUGUCCACCAAUUAUCCCGCUCUGUCUGGGUCUGUCAACCCAAUCAUGGAGAUUUGUGGAUGUACUGUGUGUACUGACUUUGUAAAUAGUAAAUAAAUUAAUGUAGAUGAACACACAUAUAUAUAGAUGAGACUGUCCUGCCAAGUGUGCAGCGCGCCCCUUUGAGCCCUUCUGAUCCGUCACUGAAUGUCCUCGCAGACUCCCGACAGAAAUAUUCGAGCAAGAAAGUGUAGAGUUGUAGUAGCUGAAAUGUAGUGCGGGUAAGAAAUUGUGAAGAACAAUGUAAAAAGUAUUUAUGUAAAAAAAAAACACAUAAUUUUUAAAACGUAGGAACGUCUAGGAGCUGAGCUUUGCUGUUUGUAUCCAGACGAGUACGCUUGAAGUGAAAAAAAAAAAAAAAAGCACCUCAUUCACUGGCACAUGUGCUCAUAUUGAUCCCUCAGAGGGGGACGCCUCACUGGCAGGACAGUGUAUAAAUAUAUAUUUUUGUUCUGAAUGUUGUAGUACCUCUGUUGUCAGUCUCUGGAUUACACUCUCUUCUCUCACCGAAAAGGUAAACGUAGCAGUAGCUUGGGCCGGUGCGUUAAUCCACAUCGUCACCCGACGGCGUCAAAGUGGACCCUCGGGGCAUGCCGGAUUGUUACGCUCCGGCUGUUAGUCGCGAUUGGGGGAAUUUCUAUACAUGCUCUUCGAUGGGAGCGCGGAAGUGGCCUAACAGGGAAUGUGUUUUGUGAACAGAUGCUGAGAGAAGAGUGAUUUUGAGAGCUUGAAGACACAAAAGUUAUGAGAGACCAUAUUUUAACAGAGACAAUCUAAUAUAUCUGCUUUUUCGAUUUCUUGAUUUAUAAUUGGAGUAUGAAGAAAACCAAAUGAUUCCAUAAUCCCAAAUGUUUUUAAAUCUCUGUCUCUUUUUUUUCCUCUCACUCCUGUUAACUUGUCUCCUAUAUUUUUUUUCUUUUAUUGUGAAUUUGUGCCUUUUUCGUCAUCUUGAUCUCUAAUAACACUACUGUACAUCAGAGACAUAAAGAAAUGAAUAAAGAAUCAAAACAACUAUACAAA